GCGUAGGUGAAGGAACAUCAUGAGACAUGCUCUCUGUCAAUGAAGCAGUCUGGAGCGUGGACAUCCCUUCAUCUUCCCAUUCCAGUGACAUUGAAAGCGAACAGGGGUCUGCUGCUUUUCCUUAGUGGACCAUACAACAAUACAGAAACUGAUAAAUAAAACUGAAACAACUGGAUCCGGUUUUACUGUGGUGUGUUUUAAAGUUAAGAAUAAUGAGAGUGAUUUUUUCUACAAGUUGGAUAUUUCAAGGAUGGAUCACACACUUCAUUCUCGCACUGUUAUCGCAGACAGGAUUGGUCAUAAGCUGCCUCCAAUACGAGUAUGAAUACAAAGGGAACUGCUGCAGUAAAUGUGAACCAGGAAAAUAUGUUUUCGCACAUUGCACUGGCAGCUUGCACACAAUAUGUCUUGAUUGUGGCCUUGAUGAGUAUCAGCCAGACUGGAACAAAGAGAUGAAAUGUAUUGCUCAGAAGUUCUGCGAUGAAGGUAAAGGAUUUAACCGCACCCGUCCACACAACACCAUAGCAGCUGAACCCUGUCGGUGCAAACAGGGUUUCCACUGUUCUCUGAUCAACUGCGAGUAUUGUGAGACGAUUAAAAAAUGCCCUGCUGGAGAAGGUGUUGUGAUGGGCGAGACAGGCAGAGCUUCCUGUGUCCCAUGUCAGUAUGGAUUUUUCUCUGAAUCCCAAUCAACAGAAGCCUGCAAGAAAUGGACAGACUGCAAAGCAAUUGGCAAGACAGAGAAACAGCCAGGAAGCAGUAAGACAGAUGUGGUGUGUGGACUCCAUUCCCCUGGUCCUAUGACACCCUGGGUGGUGGUGGCCAUUCUCUUGGUCAUUAUCGUGGUAUCACUGGUCAUUCUCUUCAUGUUCUGCUGUAAGGAUAAACUGAAUUUCCUCUCAGUAAAUUUACGCACUUGUGUCCAAAACCUGAAAGGAAGCAGGAAUCAACAGGAAACUGUGAUAUCUUCAUACCACUGUAGCAAUGGUCCACAAACCUUUCCUCUGAUUUGCCAAGAGAAAAGCCCUCCAGAGUCCCUUAUUAUAUGUCCCAGCACCACAUUAACCAUCACUGAUGAAACCUCAAAUUGCAUAGACCAGGAACAAGCUGACACAUCAUCAGGCAGCUCCAGUGAGGACUCUGGAGAUGGUCCUGCAUCCCCUCUGUCAGGCAGCUCCUGCAGCUGUGCGCUCUCCAUGAAGGAACCCAUUGAGGUAGGAGAAAACGAAGACUGCAGUCAACUGGUGGCCACCGGUCUGGCAACAUGCCACUCCUGCAGGACGGGAGAUGCUUUUGACACCAAAGGAGAAAAUGUACAGGUCAUCAACCUGAAAGAUCCUCUGCUAUGUGAGAACUGCUCCUCAGAGGGCCUGCCUGCUUGUGCUGGAGGUGCUGACUGUGAUUAUGUGGAUCUACAACGUUCCCAAGAGCUCUAUCUGGACUACAGCAGCCCUGUUAGUAAGGAAGCCAUGUCAGAGAUACCAUAUAGACAGAAUGAACCUUGUUGCUGUAGCAUAGAAUCCACCACCAUUCCCCUCCUGCCGUCAGUCAGUGAUAAUAAACAGGGCCUUUCGCUGAUCGACAACGAGGACCUCAAACUGUCCAACCCGGAUGCAGAUGCAGACUAUCAGAACCAGUGCUCAGAGGCUGCUCCCACAACUGGUCAGGUGACAGGAAACAACAACACAACUUUUAUCUCCAGUGGGCAGGUAAUGAACUUCAGUGGUGAGGUCAUCGUUGUAUACGUCAGUCAGACAUCACUGGGCAGUGGAGGGGGAACAGAGGAGCCCUUUAGUUGUCCAGUUCAGGAGGAAUCUAAUGAGGACAGCUUUCAAAGUGAACCCAAUUCUAACAUAGGCACAGCACCGCAGGGUAAGAACAGAGCUGUCCACUCUGAGAGACACCUGCCUGUACAGGAAGUAUCCAAUGACUGGUCCUGUCAGAAAUAAAGAUGCAAGGAACUACCAGAAUAUUUUCAACUAGACUGGAAUUGAAUUUUUGUCUUGUUUCUAUUUUUAUGAUUAUUAUUGAUUAAUGAUUGGUGUAUUGACAGCAACUAGAGCAGUGGUUCUAAACU